GGGGGGGAAGGGAAGGAACAACAAGAGGAGGCCGCCCAGCAGCCAGGCGGAGGAGGCCAAGUGUGUGCAGAUCCCGGUUCUGCAGUGUUGUUAAGUACUGACAUCAUUACACCCUUUGCUGGACCUGAGAUUUCGCACAGUCAGUGUUUGAAGCUACUAUACCACAUGCCCAGUGAUCUAAGGUGACGUGAUACAACCAUCCUUAAUUGGUCCUGAGGGUUCAAAAUGUGUUAAUAGCCUAUUCAUGAAAGGCUUACCCUGUAAUGACCUCAUGGUUUAAGUGGGACUGAAGAUGAGUAUUAGCAGUGAUGAGGUCAACUUUCUGGUAUAUAGAUAUUUACAGGAGUCUGGUUUUUCCCAUUCAGCGUUCACAUUUGGUAUAGAGAGUCACAUCAGUCAGUCCAAUAUUAAUGGUGCCCUGGUGCCACCAGCAGCUCUCAUCUCGAUCAUACAGAAAGGUUUGCAGUAUGUGGAGGCUGAAGUCAGUAUCAAUGAGGAUGGCACACUAUUUGAUGGGAGGCCCAUUGAGUCCCUUUCUUUAAUUGACGCUGUAAUGCCUGACGUGGUGCAGACAAGACAACAAGCUUAUAGAGACAAGUUGCAGCAACAACAAGCAGCAGCAGCUGCUGCUGCUGCUGCAGUUAGUCAACAAGGGUCUACAAAGAAUGGGGAGAAUACUGCAAAUGGAGAGGAGAAUGGCGGACACGCAGUUACGAAUAAUCAUACAGAUAUGAUGGAAGUUGAUGUAGAUGUGGAUAUUCCAUCCAAUAAAGCUAUGGUAUUGCGUGGCCAUGAAUCAGAGGUUUUCAUAUGUGCCUGGAAUCCAGUCAGUGACCUCUUGGCAUCUGGAUCGGGAGACUCAACAGCACGGAUAUGGAAUCUUAGUGAAAAUAGUAGUGGUGGCCCCACCCAGCUAGUACUUAGACACUGCAUAAGGGAAGGAGGACAAGAUGUACCAAGCAACAAAGAUGUUACAUCUUUAGACUGGAAUAGUGAAGGCACACUUCUAGCAACAGGUUCGUAUGAUGGAUUUGCAAGAAUAUGGACAAAAGAUGGUAACCUUGCUAGUACGUUGGGUCAACAUAAAGGACCGAUAUUUGCAUUAAAAUGGAACAAGAAAGGAAAUUUUAUCCUUAGUGCAGGAGUGGACAAGACAACAAUUAUUUGGGACGCGCAUACCGGAGAGGCCAAACAGCAGUUCCCUUUCCACUCUGCUCCAGCACUAGAUGUUGACUGGCAAAGCAACAACACGUUUGCCUCUUGCAGCACAGACAUGUGCAUCCAUGUGUGUAAACUAGGUGCAGAUAGGCCCAUCAAGACAUUCCAGGGACAUACGAACGAAGUGAAUGCAAUCAAGUGGGAUCCAACUGGGAAUCUACUCGCAUCUUGUUCCGAUGACAUGACCCUAAAGAUCUGGAGCAUGAAACAAGAUACAUGUGUUCAUGAUUUACAAGCGCACAACAAAGAAAUCUAUACCAUCAAGUGGAGUCCAACAGGACCUGGUACUAACAAUCCAACCGCCAAUCUUAUGUUAGCAAGUGCAUCAUUUGAUUCUACUGUACGACUAUGGGAUGUGGACCGAGGUAUCUGUAUCCACACUUUGACCAAACACCAGGAACCUGUAUACAGUGUAGCGUUCAGCCCAGAUGGCAGGUACCUGGCUAGCGGCUCUUUUGACAAGUGUGUUCACAUCUGGAAUACUCAGACAGGUGCUCUUGUCCAUAGCUACAGGGGAACAGGAGGAAUCUUUGAAGUGUGUUGGAAUGCAGCUGGGGAUAAAGUGGGUGCAAGUGCAUCAGAUGGUUCAGUUUGUGUGUUAGACCUCCGGAAAUAGCGCUGCUAGCUGGAAGCCAUGGACCGACAAUGAAUGUGUACAUAGCCAAAACGACUGUCCCUGCCCCAUGCACUGCUACAGUCUCACUUGAACCAUGGCCAGUCCACUACAGCCAAAACAAGUCAGAAUGCAAAACCCAGGACAACUGAGCCCUGAUGUGAAGAGUACCCUGACUGCUUAAUGCUGGAAGCUCCACCCACAAAGAAAAGUCAACCUUUCUUGAAGGUUUAAAACAACUUGAAAUAAGACUUGACAUGAGACCAUAUGUGUACCAAAAUGGAAAGAUAAUAUCAGAGGACAAAAAUAUCUUUUAUUUUUUUGGUCCAGAGUCUAUGUAGAAUGAGUUAUCUUGUCAGCAGUUCAGCAGAUCUGUGUGCAGACAUAUCAGCUUCUUUCAAUCAGCAGCAAAUAGUUUGUUCCCUUGUUUUAAACAUUGUUUUAUCACUUUAGUUUACAGUUGCAUGAUGUAGGAGAGUGACUGUAUCUUGUUUAUCUUGUUUUUUUUCCUACUGACACUUAACACACAACUAGAAAAAAACUUUUUUAUGGAUACUAUAAGCAAAAUAACAGUGUAUUUGGUAUGUUUUUGGUACAUUUUGUGGCUCAACAAACUAAUAUGUGGGGAAACAUGAAACCGCUCCAAAAUUCAACAUAAAAUUAGUUUCAUUAUACAUCAGUCAUAGGUAACAAGCUGUGGUUUACAGGUGAUGUGGCUAAAAUGUAGUAGUUUCUUAAUGGGGACAUGAUUCUGCCGAUUUAUGAGAAUUAAACAAAUGGGCACAAAGAAAGAGAAUCGAUGCAGGGAUGCAUCCCAUUGCUUUAAGACCAUAGUUUGCAUAUGGUUGGAUUGUGCACUAUUGAUAGAGCAGCUUAUAGAAUUUUGAAAGAUAACUUUUCUGGACAGAGAAUUAUUACUGUUACUCUACUUAUUCUUUGGUAGACCUACAGGCAUAAAUUUCACAGCAAGGUUCCAGUAUUAAGGACUGAUGUCUCGUAAGCAAUGUUUUUAAAAACCUAUCCAGUGCAAUGAGAUAAACCUCCCUCCCCCUCCCUCUGCCAUUGGGCAGAAAUCAUGCAGGCAUAUGUUUUAUGUUAAUGCUAAGAUAAGGGUUGACUUUGCUUUAAUUUUCUUUCCUUGGUGCUCGUGUAUUACACAUGGGUUCAUCUUGGCUCAGCCCUCUAAAGUACUUGCACUUGCUGUAUUGUUCAGUAAAGUACAGGUAGUAUAAUUGCAAUAGCUUUUUUUAGAAUAAAAGUAUAUUCUAUAAAGUAUAGCAUAUCUGAGCUUUUAAACCUCAGGGGACCCUUCUUCAGAUGAUGAAGUGGUUAAACAAAUAUUUCUGCUACAAGAUGCUCAAUUACUUUUUCACACGAAGAAAUGACGUUUGAGGUUUCAAAUCCUUAGAUUUAAUGCAUUGUAAAAUGUUAGUCUAAAAAAGGUAUUCUUCUAUUUCCCAUAUCCCAUGCAACAACAGAUCAAUGAAAUGAAGUUACUGUUGCAAAGGCUUUAUACCACCACUUCAAACUUGAUCUGUUUUCCAACUCAUUAAAAAUGCAAGGUUAGUUGCUUUUUUGUUUAAAUAGAAACAUGAGUAAGAAUAAUUUCUGCACAAAUGUUGGAUUUUUUGUCCUUGGAGUAAAGUCUGUUGUUAAUCUGAAUCUAAUCUAAUCAUUUAGAACUGAUUAUAGGUAACGUGGUAUAAUCAAAUAGCUGCUAUUCCAGAUAUUCCAGUGUCUGCAUCACUGAAGUUGACCAACAAGUUCAGAACAGCUCCUAGAUGUUCAUUAUGGGCUAUUUGUCAAGUAGAGUAACAGUUAUUAGGCAGCUUUAUCACAUUUCUAAGAAAAAAAACCAUUGGUUAUGUUAUUUACUAGCCUUUUGUUAAAUUGCGUCAUAUUAAGGUGAUGAAUGAGAUUGGUUUUAUCAUUCUUCCAAGCUCUGCCCUUUGCAAGUUUGUUGCGAAGUCCAAGUUAAAUUAAAAACCCUUGCAUUCCCCUCCAAUUAAAAAGGACUCAUAAAGCAUCUGCUACUAUAUGUUGACCUAAAGAACUAAUGCUUGGAAAGGUGAGCCCUAGCCAGUUUUUAAAUGAGCAGUUAAAACUUUUCAUUUAAAUCUUUUAAAAAGUAUACAUCGAUGGCACAACAUUUGAGAGCUCACAAAUACAGUGGUAAAUUUUUAAGAAGCAAUUUUUUAAAAAAUGAAAACAAGAUAUAAGUAGCUUUCCAACUGCUGUUUUUUGACCCUGCCAAGGGUAGAGGUGUAAGAGCAAUUUUGAUUACCUAAUUUAAUUAUCUAACUUCACAUUUUGGAUUGGAAAAUUAAAAAAAAGUUGGCAGUUACCUACACUGGACUUAAGUGACAGUCCAAAAAUGGGGUAGCAGUAGAGCCUCUCACCUGAAGGUGAAGAUUUAUUUGAAUGGGAAUUUACAGCAGCCAGAUAUUGUAUGGAUGGCAACACUUACUUUUCAAAAAUAGGUCUGUUCUUACCAAUUGUUCUAAGGGCAUCCAUACUUUAAUGAUCUGAGGCUCUUAUUCACAUCUGCUAGAACUUUGGGAAACUCAUAACAGCAAGAUCAUCACAAUAAAUUAUACACACAACAUUGUUUGAACUAACUAAAGUCAGACAUUAUUACACAUAACACAUUGAGCAAAUGCAUAACCAUUUCCAAUAAUAUGAAUUAAAAGCUGCUUCCCUUGCUCAAGUCAAUAUUGAUUGAAGACUCUGAUAAAACUGUUGCUCAUUUGUUCCAUUGCAAGUGCUGUUUUAGGAAGGGCUGCAAAUGAAACUAGAUAGUUGAAGCAAGUGAAGUAUUUAGGUUGGUGAAGACAGCAUUAGGUGCAUUCAGUGCUCAAGAAUGAAUAGCAUAAAAGGAUGAUUUCAGGGGCUAGCAUUACAGCUCUAGCACUGGAUUUACAUGUCUGCAUCAUUUCUACAGUUCUCACAAAUUAAGAUUUUAAAAAUUGUGAACCUGUAAACCAGGCCAUGAAAGUUUUUUUCUACUCUUUGAACUCUUUAUUGUUCUGUUUUUAUUUGUACCUGUUAAAAAGACUGAUUUUUGAUGUACCAUACUGUCCUGGACCAUGUAAAUAUCACCUGAUAAUGUAUUUAGGUUCCACAUUACAUUAAUAAUUUUCCCUUUUCCACUCUCCCAACCCUCCUUCCACCACCUCACCUUACAAGUAUCACCACCAAGGCACAUCUUCUGUUGCAGCUUCCCUUUGCAUCGUAUUGAUCUGACAACCAUAAUUUGCAUCAGAUCUGAAAGAGGUCCAGAAUAAAAUAUAUUUUGAUAUUA